GAAUUUCUGCUGCUGCAGCUCCGACUUUGUUUCACUAUUGCAAUGCAGAUGCGCAGAGCCGGCCGCACGUAGUCCGCCAGUCCCACCGUUUCUGCGUGUUGAGUCUGACAACGGAACGGUGGGCAAAGGACUUGGUGAAAAAGCGCGACUGCCACUUCAUGAGACGGACGGAGACACUCUGUGGACGACCUGAAAGUAAUCAUUCUUUAGCAGAGGAAAGUCAAAGGAAGACUCCUGUGUAAGACUGCUGAUUUGGAAUUUUUGAACAGGUAAUCAUCUGAGAGCUCUGACGAGAUGGAAUGUAAGAAUCUUGAGAAAAAUGGCAUGAUAUCUCCUCAUAACACUGAAAUUCUGGAAAAUGGAUUGUGGAAAACUACUGUGGAGCAAGAGAAGCCUUUCUGCAAUGGACACUUUGGAACAAUUAAACCAUAUCUUUCAUCACCUAAAAUACAGUUGGGGAAGACACAGGUUGUUGGUGCUGCCAUAUCCUUUAUACUCUUGGCCAUGUUAGUACUGGUCUUGAUCGGUGUCAUCAUUGUCCAGGAUGCAAAGAUAAAAAGCUUUCAAGCUCUAUGCCCCCAAGGAUGGCUUGAGAAUGAAAUGAUGUGCUACUACUUUUCUGAUGCUGAAAAUGAUUGGAACGCCAGCCAGAACUACUGCAUUUCAUAUGGCGGCUUACUGGCAGCAGUAGACACUCAGCAAGAAAGGGAUUUUGUGAAAGGCAAGAAAAGCUCUGCUGAAUAUUGGAUUAAUCUCCGGAGGGAAAAAGUAGCACAGCCCUGGAAAUGGUCAAAUGGUACAGUCGUCAGAAACUGGUUUCAGAUUAGGAGUGAAGGCCUUUGUGCUUACCUAAAUGAAGAUGCAGCCAGCUCGACAUUCUGCGAAAAUCUUCGACACUGGAUAUGCAGCAAACCUGUUCAUCCCAAUUAAGAGAAAGUGAACAUGACUUUCUGAAAAUAUAUUAUAAUAUAUUAUAUUAUAUAAAAAAUAUAUGAAAAUAUAAACUGAGUACCCAGUGGCUUGUGGGUUGCGGGGUAGUUGGAACGUGGGAUGCCACUAAUUCCCCACCCCCAACUGCAAAGCAGUGGGGUCAAAAUGAACAGAAGAAAUGAAGGUGUGCAAUGAAUCCUCAUAGAGAUUCAUUAUGAGGAAAAGUUCUUAUGCACCAAAGAACCCAAAUGCUUGAAAAAUAAUGACUGCACAUUUUGUUCCAUAACUCCACUUCUACAAGGGCUAGAGCUUAGCUUUUUUAAAAAAAAUGAAAGCUGAGGAUGCAUUUUAGGGUUAGGAUAUGGCAACUUCAAAUCCCCAUUGUUUCUUAUGGCAGAAAUGUUCAAAAUCAGUAAAAACUAAACAAAAUUCAUUAAAAAUCAACCAAGUGUCCCAUUGCCUUGACAUUUGAGUGGUAGGUGGCACCCAUGGGGACCUACCCACUACCCAAAUUUGGUGCCCCUAGGACCUUGUUAAGUGGUCCGAAUCAGUCUGAAUCCAAAUCAAAUCAAAUACAAAUUGAAUCUGGGGUGAUUUGGAGGGGGUAGGUUUGGAUACAAAAUAAGUCAGGGGUGAUUUGUUUGGGGCACAAAUCGAAUUUUAAAAAAUCAAUUUGUGCACAUCCCUAUUGUUGGAAUCUAUCCCUUCUUUGAUAUACAGUGCUGCUGCUCCCCCAAUCCUCCCCUCCCUGUCCCUUCUGUAGAGUUUAUAUCCAGGAAUAAUAGUGACCCACUGGUUCUUACCAUUCUGCCAGGUUUCCUUUACACCCACUAUAUCUAUGUUUUCAUUAGUAACCAAGCACUUCAGCUCACCCAUCUUCACUUGGAGGCUUCUGCCAUUGGUAUAUAGACAUCUAUACGCCAGGUCCCUCACCUGGUGUUGGUGUGUGCUGUCCCACUCACCAUCGUUUGACCUAUUUGGCAAGCUGCCCUGUGUUUCCUUCUGCUCAACUCCUCGCUCUACUCUAUCCCCUUCUGGUUUAUCUGAAAGGUGUGCACCCUCGCACCUUAGGGGAUUUUGCUGACUAAAGCGGAUACCACCCAGUUCCGGUAGGCCAUUCCCCAGGCAUCAUUUUAAUAGCUGCUCAGGACCCUCAUGGAGGGCAUCUUUCCCUGGGGGCUUUAAAUUAAAAUCAUCUUUAAUAAUAAUAAACUGAAACUGAAUCCAGAUAAGACGGAGGUACUUAUUGUGCAGGGUCAGAACUCUAGAGAUUAUUUUGAUCUCCCUGUUCUAGAUGGGGUUACACUUCCCCAAAAGGAACAGAGUCGCCGUCUGGGAGUACUUCUGGAUCCACGCCUCUCCCUGGUUUCUCAGGUUGAGGCGGUGGCCAGGGGUGCUUUCUAUCAGCUUCGGCUGAUACACCAGCUGCGUCCGUUUCUUGAGAUGAACGACCUCAGAACAGUGGUACAUCUGUUGGUAACCUCCAGACUUGACUUCUGCAAUGCACUCUAUGUGGGGCUGCCUUUGUACGUAGUCCGGAAACUUCAGUUGGUUCAGAAUGCGGCAGCCAGGUUGGUCUCUGGGUCAUCUCGGAGAGACCACAUCACUCCUUUGUUGUUAGAGUUACACUGGCUGCCAAUAGGCUUCCGGGCAAAAUACAAAGUGCUUGUCAUAACUUAUAAAGCCCUAGAUGGCUUAGGCCCUGGGUAUCUAAGAGAACGUCUUCUUCAUUAUGACCCCCACCGCCCAUUGAGGUCAUCCAGAGAGGUCCGUCUCCAGUUGCCACCAGCUCGCCUCGGCUUUCUCAGUUGCUGCCCUGAGACUGUGGAAUGCGCUCCCUAAUGAGAUAUGAUCCUCCCCAUCUCUGACAAUUUUUAAGAAGCAUUUAUCUUCUCCUUUCAGCAUCUUCUGUUGGAGUCUUUGACCAGGGGCUCCAGGCGAUCAGGCCAAGCAUACACUGGGACUCAACAGCAUGGCAGGAGUCCAGUAUCAGGACAAUCCACAAAAGAAGGGGUCUCCAGGCAGCAGGCAGAAGCAGAGAAGGGUUCCAGAAGGAAAGGGGUCCAGUGGUCCAGUGAAGAGGUUUCCAGGCAGCAGGCAGAAGUAGAGAAAGGGUCUUCAGGCAGCAAAGCAGCAAAAGGCUGCAGAAUAGCCGGGAGAGCCAUUUCUAUUUUAUUAUAUGUGGAUAAUGCGGCAAUUGUAUCUAUCAUGCCGGUAGGAAUGAGACGCACUUUGAGAGCCCUUGUGAAGUUCUGUGAAGAGGAGGCGCUGUCCAUCAAUACCCAAAAAACAAAAAUAAUGGCUUUCAGUAAGCGUAGGAGAUCUUAUAAAUGGUCAGUUAAUGGUAGGAGCCUUCAACAAAUCAAAACAUAUAAGUAUCUGGGCCUCAUAUUCCAUUCGAAGAAUUCCUGGAGACCACAUUGCGAGUUUGUGACUGCAAAUGCUCAAAGAUUCAUUGCAGCUAUUUUUAAAAAAACCCUACUUUAAAGGCACUCAGAAAUCCCGGCAGCACUAGCAAUAGCAAUAGCAAUAGCACUUACAUUUAUAUACCGCUCUAUAGCCGGAGCUCUCUAAGCGGUUUACAAUGAUUUAGCAUAUUGCCCCCAACAUUUCUGGGUACUCAUUUUACCGACCUCGGAAGGAUGGAAGGCUGAGUCAACCUUGAGCCCCUGGUCAGGAUCGAACUUGUAACCUUCUGGUUACAGGGCAGCAGUUUUACCACUGCGCCACCAGGGGCUCUUAAGGGUAUAUCAGGCAAAACCUUGGGCUCAGAUGCUGUAUGGUACCCAGAUUCUUUUAGCUGGGAAUCCAACUCCCCAGUUGUGUUUGGAAGCAGGUGUUAUUAGAUUAACUGCUCAAACCCGGCUGCAAGCGGUCUUAUAUUGGCUUAAACUUAUUAGCUGUCCCCAAGAGUUAGACUCACUAACUUUGGUGGAUGAUUUGUGUUCCACUUGGAGGAGGAAUAUACAUGACACCCUGGGUAACUGUGGCCUCGGAGCAAUAUAUACGUUCGUUAAAUUAUGAUCAGGCCAAAAAAAAAAUUACACAUUGGGUAAGAGAUAUAGAGAAGCAGAGUGACCGGCCUUAGCCUGAUUGCUUCCAGAUAUAAUUAUCUUAGCUUUUUAAAUUACCCGAGGCCAGCUACGUACUUUACUCAUUUGCCUACACCCAGGCUGAGAAGGGUCUUCUCUCAAGCCCAUUUUAAUGUCCUCUGUUCAGCUGUUUUGGAGGGCAGAUUUCGAGGGACCCCUUUGGAGGAACGUUUGUGCCCAUGUGGAACUACUGAGGUGGAAAUGUUAACACAUAUUUAAUUAUUUUGACUUGUUUUUCUUUCUUCUUGACUACAGUUAUAUCUGGUGUAUUAUGUGGUAGAUGUUUGUCUGUUUGUAGUCGGAAGUCCCAUAAUAUUUUUGCAUCUUCAUUUUCUAUGACUUUUUCAAUUUUAUGGUCCCACCAAUUUUUGGCUACAGGUAGCUUGUAUUUUUUGUAGAUGUUCCAGUGUAUCAUCUCUGCUACUUUGUCAUGUCUUUGUUUGUAGUCAGUCUGUGUGAUCUUUUUACAACAGUUGAUUAUGUGGUCCACGGUUUCAUCUGCUUUAUUAUUAUUAUUAUUAUUAUUUACAUUUAUAUCCCUCUCUUCCUCCAAGGAGCCCAGAGCGGUGUACUACAUUCUUAGGUUUCUCCUCACAACAACCCUGUGAAGUAGGUUAGGCUGAGAAAGAAGUGACUGGCCCAGAGUCACCCAGCAAGUCUUAUGGCUGAAUGGGGAUUUGAACUCGGAUCUCCCCGGCCUAGUCCAGCACUCUAAUCACUACACCAUGCUGGGUCUCAGCAUGAAAAAGUUACUCAUAGGAUUGCUUCUUUUUAUUUGGAGGCAUGUAAACUAAGGUGUCUGUAAACUGGCUUUAAAAUUUUUACUUAUGUUAUUGUAUUAUAUUGUAUUAUAUUGUUUUUUACUAUAGUGUUUAUUUGGUCAUUGACCAUAAAUAAAUGAAUGAAUGAACAAGCCAA